AUGAACGAGCGCGUGAAGACCGUAGCCACCGAUGAGGCCCGCGCCGUGAAGGCAAUGACCAAGGAUGCCGUUCAAUCGAAUGCCUGGCUAUACCCGUUCAAAGGCAUCGUCUAUUUCUUGUCCCACAAGGAUCUCUGGAAGCCGUUGAUCUCCAAGCUCACGCCCACCCUCAGCACAGGAGUCAUCGUCACUGUCGCCUGCUUUGCCGCCCUGUAUCUUCCUCAGGCUGCUAUCAUGCAUUCACCUCUGAGUUCUACAAUCACCAACGUCAUCAGCCGAACCUUCUUCAUUGAAGAGGCUUUGGUCGACACAUUUGAUGGUACACUGCUUUCCAGAGACUGCAAGAACCUGGUCGAGGAGGGUAGACAGGUCAAGACGGGUGGUGACAACAUUGCGAGACUAGGAAAGCUGGUCAAGAAGCCGUUCGCCAAGUUCGCUCCCAACGCCAUCAUUCGCUACCUGCUCUAUCUUCCGCUGAACUUCAUUCCUGUGGUUGGGACAGCCAUCUUCAUCGUACUGCAGGGCAAGAGAGGAGGACCUCAGGCUCACUCGCACUACUUCCAACUCAAGGAAUGGAGCACGUCGCAGAAGGAGACUUUCGUUCAUCAACACCGUGGCGGCUACACAGCGUUCGGAGUGGCUGCCUUUGUGCUGGAGAUGGUGCCAUUUGCCAACCUGAUCUUCGCGUUCACGAACACGGUCGGCGCAGCACUGUGGGCCGCAGAUAUGGAAAAGAGUGCUGGCACAGCCCCAAAGUUGCGAGAGCAGGCGAGGAAGGCCGAUGAGUUGUGA